AGAGUUGCGGAAGUUGUACCAGUAAAUGAGAUUUCGCGUGUGAUGUUCUUGAAAGGAACCUAAUAUAAAACUAGCUGGAUUCUCAGACAUGCAGACAAAUUAUUUCCAUAACCAAGGACAGUGCUGUCAUUUUGUUUGAGAUGAAUGCCCAUGCCCAUGCCCAUGCCCGAGAGGAUAUCAGAGAGGAAGGCAGUUGUGCCCCUGCCAAACAACGAUGCAUAGAAAAGCGUGGAUUACAGUGUGAGAUGAACGGAGGUGGAGAAACUGUUACGGAGGAUGGAAUUGACGUGUCCGUAAUCCUGCCGAUGUACAACGCCUCCCGCUGGCUGGACGACUGCCUGCAGGCUGUGCUGAAGCAGGACUUCCAGGGCUCAAUGGAGCUGUCCGUCUUCGACGACUGCAGUACGGACGACUCGCUAGCGGUGAUGGGGAGAUGGACAGAGAGGCUGCAGGACGGAGGGAUCGCCGUGGUGAUCUCGGGACACGACUCGGGCCGGCCCAAAGGGGCGGGGUACGCCAAGAACCAGGCCGUGGUCCAGAGCCGGGGCAGGUUCCUGUGCUUUCAGGAUGCGGACGAUGUCAUGAUGCCACAGCGAGUGCGUUUGCAGUUUGAGGCGUCUCUCCGGAACCCGGAUUGCAUUGUUGGUUGCCAGGUCCGCAGGUUGCCAGAGGGUUCUACCGAGCGCUACACCCGCUGGAUAAACACUCUGAGUCCAGAACAGCUCCUGACACAGGCGUACACUUCCCAUGGGCCCACGGUCAUCAUGCCGACCUGGUUCUUCUCCCGCAGCUGGUUCCGUCAGGUGGGAGCCUUCCAUGAGGGCGGAAAGGGUGUGCCAGAGGACCUGCUGUUUUUCUACCAGAAUCUGCGUUUGGGGGGAGGAGUGGUUCGCCUGGAAGAGUGCCUCCUUGUGUAUCGUUACCAUGAGCUGGCUGCCAGCCACUUCGUACUGGAGGAGACCAUGUGGAAUCUCCGAGUGGCGUUCCUGCAGGAACGGGUCCUCAGCCAAUGGGAUUCCUUUACCAUAUGGAAUGCUGGGAAGCAGGGGCGGAAGCUGUACCGCAGCUUGAGUCCAGCCAAUCGGAAGAAGGUGAAGGCGUUCUGUGACGUGGAUGAAAACAAGAUCAAAAAAGGGUUCUAUACCUACGAGGAGUCUGAGGAGCGAACAAAGCCCAGAGUUCCUGUGCAGCACUUCAGAGAGGCGUCUCCCCCAUUCAUCGUGUGUGUGAAGCUGGAUAUGACAGGUGGAGCAUUGGAGGAAAACCUGCUCUCCCUCAAGCUGACAGAGGGAUUAGACUACUACCAUUUCAACUGAAUUUGGAACCGUGGGGUGAAGGGGAAGUGUAAAAAAGUACGGAGACAUCUGGAGCAUGGUCUGGCAGCCGGACAGGAAAAAACGAGACGCAGUUCUCCACGCCACCGAAAAGACAUCAAGAAAAUCGACAGCCAGGAAAGGAGAGAAAGAAGAGAGGGAGAGAGAUGUAGAGUGGUAGGGAAGCUUGUUUCGUCUCUUUCUCUGCAGGCGUUCAGAAGGGACAGCCCCGGGACCUGUCUUUGGCACUGAUGGCUGGACUGCCCUCAGCGUGACCUCAGCGUGACCUCAGACCUCUGGGUCCUGACCCCCCCACCCCUGGACCCCCCCUCACACAAAGCUCUGUUUGAGGACUCCGUUUGUCACAUUUCGCUUCAGGAGGGGGGCUUGCACCACCCUCACCAGGCAGUUCAGUUUCGGAGGGAAAAAUAGAAACCGUUCUGUUCCCCCCCCGGCUCUGUGUGAAGUGCCAUGGCUCAAAGUCCACUUUGUUGCGAGGGUUUUAUUUAUUAAAAUGAUAUAUAUUUUUAAUCA